ACCUAAUACUUGUCACCUGUGGUUGUAGGUCACGGGAAGUGAAGGUGGUCCUCCUGACGUCCUCCUGUAUGGAAGCCGUCCCCUAUAAAAGAGCAAACACGCACACCGACACGCACAAAGUACAAGCUUUCACACACAUAUAUCACAUUUCCCGAAAAUGGACGUAAACGAGAACAUACACGCCACCGAGCAGCCAGACUCCGCUCCAUCUGUCAACACUCGAGUCCAGCAGGUUGGCACGCAACAGGACACCUUAGACAAGGGUGUCGCACAGGUAAUUAAGGAGUUUAUCUCUCCUUCACAAGCCCAGGAUCCCAGUGUCGUAGAGAAAGCAAGCGAUGCUGUUCGUUCUGGUUUCAAACAGUCCACAGGGAAAGACUUCCCCGUCCAGGACAAGCAAUAAGCAUGUAGAGGAAAGGGAGAAUCCUCGCCUAUGGCGGUGAAGAAUGAAUGAUCAGAAGCCAGAAGAAGUAUAUACAUCUUGCACAUGCAUUUACAUAAUGUACGUGG